CAAAGGAUGGGAAAACCAAGCAGAGUGAACCAAACCACCCUUUCAGACUUCCUCCUUCUAGGGAUCUCUGAGCGGCCAGAGGAGCAAACUCUCCUGUUUGUCAUCUUCCUGGGCAUGUACCUGGUCACUAUGAUGGGAAACCUGCUCAUCAUCCUGGCCAUCACCUCUGACCCUCACCUCCAUACUCCCAUGUACUUCUUUCUGGCCAACCUAUCAAUAACAGAUGUUUGCUUCACUUCUGCCUCCAUCCCCAAAAUGCUGAUCAACAUGCAUACUCAGAGUAAGACCAUCUCCUAUUCUAGGUGCUUUGCACAGCUGUAUUUUCUCCUUGUGUUUGGAGGCCUUGACAACUUACUUCUGGCAGUGAUGGCAUAUGACCGCUAUGUGGCCAUCUGUCAGCCACUUCAUUACAGCACGGCUAUGAGUCCCCAACUCUGUGCAUUAAUGUUGAGCAUUUGCUGGGUGCUAACCAACUGUCCUGCCCUGACACACACACUAUUGCUGACCCGUGUGGCCUUCUGUGCCCACAAGGCCAUUCCCCACUUCUACUGUGAUCCCAGCGCUCUCCUGAAGCUUGCCUGCUCAGAUACCCAAAUUAACGAGCUGAUGAUCAUCAUCAUGGGCCUGAUGUUCCUCACUGCUCCCCUCCUGCUGAUUGUCCUCUCCUAUGUCCGCAUUUCCUGGGCUGUGUUUGGCAUCUCAUCUCCUGGAGGGCGGUGGAAGGCCUUCUCGACAUGUGGUUCUCACCUCACAGUGGUCCUGCUCUUCUAUGGGUCUCUUAUGGGUGUGUAUUUACUUCCUCCAUCAACUCACUCUGCGGAGAGGGAGAGCAGGGCUGCCAUUCUCUACAUGGUGAUUAUUCCCAUGCUGAACCCUUUCAUAUACAGCUUGAGGAAUAAAGAUAUGAAUGAGGCUUUGAGUAAACUCUUCGGCAGUGGGAAAACCAUCUCUUUACCAUGA